AAAAUACUAAGCCCACUAGGGAACACACCCAUUCUUAUUCGAACUCAAUGUCGUUACAAAACUUCAAAUUUCAGUCUCUCAUCGUCUUCUCACAGCCUCGCUUCUCCGGCAAUCGGAAUUUGCAUCGACGCCUCUGCCUCCGGCUAACAGCACAAAAAUUUUGCAAUCAGUUUUGCCGAUCUUCUUCUUUCUUCAGCUCGUUAAUCUGCAUCCGGGAAUCAGACAGUAAGAUGAUUGCAGGGUCAAACGUGGGAUGCCAGUAUCAGACGAGGGGACUUCUAAUGCCCAAGUGGCAAUACCCUGGUUCAAAGAACAUGACGUUACUUACGUUACGCCCAAGGUUUCAGAAGAAGAAAUCAGUAUCUUGUAUAAUAAACAUACCAACUGAAGUUUCCCCUGUUAAUAAGAGGAAUGCAGAUGACAGACCGUUAGUCAAGAUGUGUGGAAUUACCUCAGCUAAGGAUGCUGCGCUGGCAGCAGAAGCUGGUGCUGACUUUAUCGGGAUGAUAAUUUGGCCUAAUUCUAAGCGCUCGGUUUCAAUUUCUACUGCUAAAGAAAUUUCAAAAGUUGCACGUGAAUACGGUGCAAAGCCAGUUGGAGUGUUUGUUGAUGAUGACUUUGACACAAUGCUGAGGGCUUCCGAUGAUGCAGAUCUUGAAUUUGUGCAGCUUCAUGGAGAUGGAUCACGUUCUGCAUUUCCUGCUAUAGCAAGGGAAAGGCGAAUAAUCUAUGUUCUUCAUGCGAAUGAGGAUGGUGACCUUAUGAACCAAAUAUCAGAUGGAGAUUGUUCUUUAGUUGAUUGGGUUCUGGUUGACAGUGCGAAAGGGGGCAGUGGUAAAGGAUUUAAUUGGUCUCGGUUCAAGCUACCACCAGUUAAUAGUAAACAUGGAUGGCUCUUGGCCGGAGGAAUGAAACCCGAGAAUGUAACUGAAGCCAUAUCUAUACUAAAACCAGAUGGACUUGAUGUCAGCAGUGGUAUAUGUGCUUCAGAUGGAAUUCAAAAAGAUAUAUCGCGUAUAUCCUCUUUCAUGACCGCAGUAAAAUCCGUUCAAUAUUGAUCAUAAACCAAUAAACAACAUGAAUAAUUGAUGUUAGGACUUUAUUAUUUCCUAUGUGCCAAAUAUGACAUGGCACCUUUUUUGCCAUUUGUUAUAUUACUCAAAAUGUUACAAAAACAUGGUUCACAAUGUUUGGUCCUAAUAUUUCCCUUUUAACAUGAUGCAUACACAUUUAUAUUA